AUGCAGCUGGCAACGGCUGGGUCUGCGGACUCGCAAGGAAUCGCCCGGCGCCGCUCGCUGUGGGAUGAUGACGGCUGCCGUCCCUUAUCUGCCAAGAGCGUGACAAUCAGAUUGUCUGUGCACCUUGUCUGUGUCGCAUUAUUGGGGGCUUUUGUGAUUUGGGGGCUGGUGGCUGACCCGCCAGUAAGGGGAUUUUACUGCAGUGACACCACUAUCCGCUAUCCCCUUAAGGCUGAGACAGUCCCAGCUUCUGUAGCGACGGCACUCGUGAUUGGCAUUCCCAUCGUCAUCUUUGUUGCCAUUGAGUUGCUGAAUACGUUUGUCGUUGAAAAAAAUUCCCUCGCAUCUAUUGAAUUGAAUUGCUGCUCUCUACCUAGGAUAGUUGGCAACAUGUACGUAGUGUGUGGUGGCUUCGCCUUUGGGAUCCUCUUGAACUUCUCUCUGGCAAAUGUUGCGAAGCUCUGCAUAGGAAGGCUGCGCCCGCACUUCCUUGCCGUUUGCCAGCCAAACUGGGGUGCUUUGAAGUGCUCGGAUUCCACGGGCGACUUAUACGUGGACCAAUACGAGUGCCGUGGGACAGAUCAAGCAGCAAUAAAGGAGGCUCGCCUCAGCUUCUUCUCGGCCCAUAGCAGCAAUUCGAGCUGCGCUAUGCUUUACACCAUCAUUUACCUUCAGUGUCGCCUCUCGAAAGCCUCGGCUGGCCCUCUCAUGGCGACUUUCAGGCAAAGGCUGAGGAGCAACAGCAGGGCAGAGUGGCUAAUAGACACAGCGGCUGCUUUGCGGCCUUUCAUUCAAGGGGCCCUUCUCAUUCUUUGCCUCUUUAUCGCGCUUUCCCGUGUUAUGGACUUCUUCCACCACCCAGGAGAUGUCCUCACAGGCCUCAUUGUGGGGACACUAAUAGCAUUCUACUCUGCACUUUACGUCAGCAGGCUGCCUCAAUUGGCGCACAUGUAA